UUGAGAUGGACUACACGUGUUUAUGUUUGCUGUUCAUAUGCAUUUCAUAUGUUAGUUCAACAAAAUCACAUUAUGAUCCUCGAGUGACGGUGAAAAAAGAAGGUAUAACCAGGUUUUCUUUUGAAAACAAGCCCAAUAUUAAUUUGGUGAAGCUCGUCAGCUCUGGAAAACAAAUCAUAUGGGUUGGAGGAAACGAGAGCCUCUAUUCCAUCAUCACAACACAAACCUCCAGACCCCAUCAGGUGAAUAUGACUCUCUGUAAUGAUCAAAGCAAAGAUUCAGAAGCUCCGCACUGUUCAUUCAGGAUCUCUCUGCUCAGAGAGAGUGUUGAUCGAAAUCUCCUGUUCAUCUGUACUUCAGAUGAUAGAAAUACAAAGUGCUGUAACUUGAACUCCAGCUAUUCUCAAAUCGACUGCUUCAUGUCAGAAAAUUAUGAGCCAGAUAUAAAUGAGCCGUCAUUACUUGAUGGUAAUAUGCUGUACUUCACCAAACCUGAGAAGGGAUUGUACAGGAUAAACAAGAACGACAAAAACGACAACAUUUGGUCUCAGUCGACUCAAGCGGAGCAAACAUAUUUGAAGCUGAUCGCUGGUAACGGCCAACACCGGGACAAAGUUUAUUCCUUCUUCGCAGAGAAACACAAAAGUAGAGACGGUGAAUCUGAGCAGUGGAUUCCACGAGUCUCUCAGAGCUGCAAGAACGACAGAGGAGGCUCAAAGAGUUUGCUUCAGAGCAGCUGGACAUCCAUGAUUUUCACCCGUCUGUUCUGUGGCAGAGGAUAUGAAUUCACUCAGAUGAUCGAUGUGGCCACACUGGAAACAGAGAGCGACACCAAAAUUUAUGUGCUUUUCAGAAACUAUUGGAACAUGAGUGCUGUCUGUGUUUAUAACAUGACUGAAAUCAGCACCAUCUUCCGUUCCUCCAUGUUCAACUCCAGCAAGGUUCCCGCGAAUCCCCGGCCAGGAACGUGUGUUACGGACAGUACUCGUCUAAGCAGUGAAGUGCUGGGGUUUAUGAAGGACCGUCCAGAGAUGAAGGAUUGGGUGAUGCCAGAGAACGGCCCCAUGCUGUUUCAACACUACCAUUACACUCAUAUACAGGUGGACCGAGUGCGAGACCAAACCGUCCUGCUUCUGUCUCUAGAAAGUGGAGGAGUUCAUAAAGUGCUGGAAGAGACCAUUAAACAACCUGUUUUUAUCAUUGCGGAGUAUCUGCCAUUUCAACAAGAGACACACAUCACCAGCAUGUUGCUUGACGCUUCACGGAAGCGUCUGUAUGUGAGUUCCAGCAAUGAAGUUGUUCAGAUUGACCUCGAGACGUGCCAUGUGUACGGAAACGAGUGCAACGAAUGCAGAUUAUCUCGAGACCCCUACUGUGGUUGGAACGGUUUGCACUGCACCUCUCCAGCGGAAAACCAGGUCCGGGAUUUUAAAGACUGUGAAAAGCCUCAAGGCACACCAUCAACUACUGAAAUCGACGUGCCUCCAUCAUCGAAACACUUCUUGCUCUGCCCCGUGAUUUCACACCACGCCACGUAUCACUGGGAACAUGAUAAGACACGUGAGGAGUGCGUUCACUCUGAUAACGGCUGUUUGUAUCUCAUUGAAAGCAUGAACAAGACUCACGAAGGGACGUACAAAUGCAUGUCUUCAGAGGAAGACUACAUUAAUAGGACGGUCGUACAAUACAAGCUCAGCAUGAGCCGCUCAGACGCACACAGACUCACUCCUGUGCUGUUACCCAGCUUCUUACUUCUGCUCACGGUCUUCCACGUCCUGCACUUUUGAAAGGAUCCCUCGAAGUUGCCAUCCACAUCCUAUUUAAUAAUCAUCAGUUUUUAUGGAUUAUUAUUGCCAUACGUGAUACAUAAGGGUCAAUUCUUUUGAGAUUUGAGAUUUAUACAUCAUCUAAGAUCUGAAAGAAUAAAAGCUUUCCUUUGAUCUAUGGUUUAUUAGGAG